AUGGAUUUAGCACUUUCACUACAACAAGACGGCGAGAAUUGUCACAGUCAAGACGAGGUCAAACCUUCUGCCCCUGCUCCCGAGGAAAGAGACAUGAACAACAUUCAGAGACAUCCGCAUGCCAGGAGCAGGACACCCGAACCUCAGGUUGAUCAACAAGUCAGCAAUUCUGAUCCGCCAGACACUCCUGGUGCUCUCGAACCGUUUGACUGGGAUGAGUUUGAAGCGCGUUAUGAGGCUGCUUUGCAAGAGGCAGAUGAACGGGAGCGGGAGAUUCUGAAGGAGGCAGAUGCCCUAUCAAAGUACUUCAAAAUUUGGGCAGCUUCUGCGUCAGCGCACGAUGAUGAGCGGGCAGCGAAGCGCCUACAAACACGAAGACGCUUUGUAAAUCUCGCUGAAGACAAAAUGGAACGAAAACAACAGCAUUAUGAUCAAGUUGUGAGAGCCUUUGAAAGUGCUUUAGCGCUUCUCAAGUCCCACCUGGGCGCGUCUUCCGCCAAUCUCGCCAAAGCGCAAAGCAUGCCUGAUCUCGCGUUAAAGAAAAACCAAGACAUGCCGCAAUCAAACGAUGAAAGUACAACGAGUGCGCAUGUAAUACCCAACAUUUCCCCCGAUGAUCUUUUCGCUUUCCACAAAUCCCAUUUCUCGCACACAGCCCUCGCCGCCUUCGGAUCUGAAUUCAUAGACUCGCCCCCCCGGGAUCAAACUCAAGAUGACGCCGUCGACGACACCUGGGAGGAGGAAGACGAUGACCUGGGCUAUUAUCCGGAUGGUGUGAAAAGGACUUUGACGGAUGCGCAAAUCGAGAUAUUUCGACAUUCAGAACUCGAAACUCUGCGCAAAGAGAAAGAAAGAGCGAAACAGCUGGGCUCGAAAGAAACAGCGCCGUCGAGCGAGGCCAUGGAUUUGAGUGAUGAUACCCCUAUUUCUACGCAAACCAAAAACCUGUCUUCCACGUUACCUGCUUCCUUCCAGAGUAAUAAGAAACGAAAGAAGAAGAAAGGUCUUAAGCGCCCUCGCCCUGAACCGAAACCGGACUUGCGCAAACGAACCUGGGACGUCGUGGACAAGGGCUUGGACACGCUGGAAUACGACUAA